CAAAUUGAACCGUAAACUGUAACGGACAAUUACAGUUUACGGUUCAAUUUGUAAUGGUAAUGGUCAAUUCUAAUUAACGUUCGGCCAACACUACUGUCACCCGUGGUAUUUCCGGACCGAUACACCUUCAAGUAGUUCAAGUCGCGUUCUCCUUGUGACAUAUGUGUCAUGAAUAUGAUUAUCUGUGGCAGGGUCACUCCCAGCAAUGGCGUCAUACAAAGAUAAUACAAUUGAUCAUUAUCCUAAAAAAUCUUUUAUUUAAUUAGUCCUGAUCUUUGUUAUUGCAUAUUACAUGCAUAUAAAACAUGGUGUUAGGUGAAAACAGAGAAUAACAAGAAGAAAGACAAAAUAAAAAACCUAAGUGGUAAAUAGACGACUUUGUUAAGAAGAUAAAACCUUUGUGGACCAGACAAAAUGCCGGAUGAAACGCCCGUAAUGAACCUGGGGUUGCAGCCUCCUAAAGGAUACAAAAUUGAAGAUGCGGAGGCUUGGAGAAAAUACAAGCAGUUGUUCAACUUAUAUAUACAGGCCACGGAUUUGGAAAACGGGACAGAUGAAAAAAAGGUAGCCAUUUUCUUGACCUGUGCGGGAGAAGAGAUUUUAGAAGUUUACAAUGGUAUGGUUGGCACUUCUACAUUAAAAUGGGUUGAGUUGCUUGGAAAGUUUGAUGACCAUUUUAACAACAAAACUAACACCGUCGUGAACAGCUACAGAUUUUAUAAUUUACGUCAAGAGCCAGAUGAACCGGUGGAACGGUUUGUUUUAAGAUUAAAAAACGCUGCCAAAACAUGCAACUUCAAAGAGGAAGAUAGAAUGGUAAGAGACAUGCUGGUGAUAGGUGUAGAGGAAGCAACAAUUAAAGAGAGAUUGCUGCGAGAAAAAGAACUCAGUUUAGAUACUGCAAUAGAAUUGUGCAAGGCUGCAGAAUACAGCAAGAAAAAUGUAAAAGAGCUGGUAGAAAAAGUGCAGUCAGUAAAUAUGGUAAAAGAAAGUUCUCGUUAUAGAAAAGAUGUAAAGAAACCGAUUCAUUACAGUUGCAGUUACUGUGGUAAGAAACAUGAGCCAAGAAAAUGUCCUGCGUAUGGGAGAAGAUGUACGGUGUGCAACAUUUAUAACCAUUAUGCAGAAAUGUGUAGAUUUCAAAAGAAGGAAGAGAAACAGCAGCGACAAAAAAGAUACACAAAAAACAAAGUUGACGGCAUCAGGGAAUCUACUAAGGACAGCGACUGCAGUUCGGAAGACUUUGUAGUAGACUCUGUAAAAGUGUCUUCACAGUACUAGACAUGAAGGAUGGAUUUUUUCAAGUGAAUUUGGAGGAUGAACAAAAACUCUGCACUUUCGGUACUCCCUUCGGAAGGUAUUUUUUCAAGAGAAUGCCAUUUGGCAUUUCUUCGGCUCCAGAGGUAAUGCAAAGAAUAAAUACAACCAUAUUUAGUGAUAUACAAGGGGUAAAUGUGUACUAUGAUGACAUAAUUGUUGCGGGGGACAGCUUAGCAGACCAUGAUAAAAUUUUAAGUGAAGUGAUAGAUAGGGCAAGAAAGUUUAAUGUAAAAUUUAAUCCAAACAAAGUACAGUAUAGAAGAGAUUUUGUUAAAUAUGUAGGGUUAUUAGUGUCAAAAUCAGGAAUUAAACCUGAUCCUGAACAUGUAAAGGCUAUUGUGGACUUGAAUGAACUAAAAAAUAUUAAAGAACUACAAAAGUUUUUAGGUAUGUGCAAUUAUUUAAGUAAGUUUAUACCACAAUACUCCAAAACAACUGAAAAACUUAGGGAUCUAUUAAAAAAAGAUGUAUUGUGGGAUUGGGGUACAGCACAAAGUCAAGCUUUUGAAGAAAUAAAAAUGAAAAUUAGUAAAGCCCCAACCUUGGAUAUUUUAAAUAAAGACGGGUUAGUAACUCUACAAACAGAUAGCUCAAAAAGUGGCAUGGGAGCUUGUCUACUUCAGAAUGGCAAACCAAUAUCUUUUUAUUCUAGGUGCUAUACAGAUUGUCAACAAAGAUGGGCUCCCAUUGAAAAAGAACUCUUUGCAGUUUGUCUUGCAAUGGAAAAAUAUCACCAAUUUGUCUAUGGACGCAAAAUAGUUGUUGAAACAGACCAUAAGCCUUUAGUGGCGAUAAUGAAUAAAGACAUCAAUAAAAUUUCAGCCAGACUGCAAAGAAUGGUUCUUAAACUUUUAAAAUAUGAAUUUGACAUUAAGUACAUACCAGGUCCUCAAAUGUAUGUGGCUGACUAUUUGUCUAGGCAUUAUAAUUCAACAAAUGGGCAAGUAGAGCCAACACUUAAAGAGUUAGUGCAUAGUGUGGAAACAGAAAAAGUGUAUGGACUAGACAAAGACUUACAAAUAUCAGAAAGUAAAUUAAAAGAAUUGCAAAAUGAAACAAAUAAAGAUGGAAAUUUGCAACAAAUAAAGAUGUGGUAUAGUUCAGAAUGGCCAAAAAAUGAUAGAAGUAUUUAUGGUGUGGAAUUAAAAAAGUUGUACAAAUUAAGACAUGAGUUGAUAGUUACAGAUAAUAUUGUUUACUUUGGAAAUAUGGUUCUUGUUCCUAAAGCAUUAAGAAAAGAAAUGUUGGAUAUAAUACACUCAGGGCAUGCAGGUGUAGUAAAGUGUAAAAAGAGAGCUAGGAAAGUACUGUACUGGCCAGGAAUGUCAAGAGAUAUAGAGGAUUAUGUGUUAGCAUGUAGAGUAUGUGAAAAGUACAGGAUGUCAAACUGCAAACAGCCAAUUAUAUCACAUGAGGUGCCCGAUCUUCCUUUUAGUAAAGUAGGUAUGGACAUUGGUCACUAUGCGGGGGAAGAUUUUCUAGUGGUUGUAGAUUACUUUUCAAAAUGGAUUGAGGUUGCAAAAUUGAAAAACAAAUCUACCACUAAUAUUAUUGUUGAGUUAAUAAAGAUAUUUAGUACUCUAGGAAUCCCUAGGCAAAUAGUCAGUGACAAUAUGCCAUUUGGUAGUUUUGAAUUCAUACAAUUUGCAAAGCAACAUGGCAUAGAAUUAAUCACGUCCAGUCCACAUUAUGCGCAAUCAAAUGGGCUAGCGGAGAAAGCUGUAGGGAUUGUUAAAAGUUUAAUGAAAAAGUGUAAAGAAAGUGGUGCUAAUUUUGAUUUAGCGAUGUUACAUUAUAGAACAACUCCAGUAGCAAAGUUGGAUUACAGCCCUUCAGAGUUGUUAAUGAGCAGAUUACUAAGAACCAAUUUACCCUGUUCAAAAGAAGUGUUAAAACCUAAGUUAUGUGUAAAUGUCAAAGAACAAAUGUUAAUUAAUAAUGAAAAAUCUAGGGCCAGUUAUAAUAAAACUUCAAAAGCUAAAAAAUCAUUUCAAAAAGGGGAAGAUGUUAUUGUUCAAGAUGUAAAUAGAAGUAGGUAUUGGUAUUCUGGUAAAAUAGUGGAAAAAGCCAGUGGACCUAGAUCAUUCAUUGUUAAAAAUGACAAGGGUAAUUUAGUUAGGCGAAAUGAAAAACAUAUUAGACAUAGUAGAAAUAAGUUUAUUGUUAGAAAUCAGAAUAUGCUGGACUCAUCAGAUGUGAGCCAGGCAGUGCAUGAGGGGAGUAGUCAGGAAAAACAGGAUGCAACGGAGCCGCCUGCACUGGUGCUUCGUGACAAUGAGUCUCUUCCACUGGUGCCAAAUGUACCUGCACCUAACCCAGAGCCAUUAGAUCUGCCAGUAGUUACAAGGACGGGAAGGUUGAUAAGAAAACCUGCCUACCUGGGUGAAUUUGAUUUAAGUUAGCUUCCAGUGUAUCCAGAGCUUUUGUAAUUAGUAUAAGCAGUCAUUUAGCAUAAGGGGGGGAUGUGACAUAUGUGUCAUGAAUAUGAUUAUCUGUGGCAGGGUCACUCCCAGCAAUGGCGUCAUACAAAGAUAAUACAAUUGAUCAUUAUCCUAAAAAAUCUUUUAUUUAAUUAGUCCUGAUCUUUGUUAUUGCAUAUUACAUGCAUA